UUGGAAUAGAUUGGAUAGAGAUGAGCUUAAAAAUGAUCUACAAGCAACCAUCUCAGAGUCUUUGAAUGUCUCAACUCCUGAUGUACCAAGAUCUAAAAGACAAAGCAAGGUGUUUACAUACAAAGCUUUACAAGGUAAAAUGUGUUCAGCUGGAGUAGCUAUGAAAGGAAGGAAAGCAUUCGUUUCAAAGGUAUUGACUAUUCCACAGUGUGGUCAUAGAAAAAAUCUACUUCCAAAAACCUUGAAAUCACAGAUUUCUGAAUUAUUAAUACAUUCUGGUGUCUUAUCUGAUAGCCUUAGUAUAAUCACAUUGGAAGACUUAGCAUCAGAGAAAAAUAAAAAAAUAACACAGAAAUUGGCAGCAAUAAUGUUAGAGACUCUGGGUUUGUCCACACCUACAUGGAAAGAAAGUAAGAAAUUAAAAUUCAUAGACGAGGGAGAUGAAAUGAGCACCAAUUAUCUAACUGUUAAAGCAAGUAAGACAGCCAUCUCUCAGACACUUAUUACUGCAGGAUGUGGAACACCAAAACAAUGUAAACCUGUGGCAGUUUCAUCCCUAAAUGCUAUCUUCUCUCCUAUACCUGUGUCUCUUGAUGUUAGCACAUGUAAUGAACUAAAAAAUAGUGAUAUAACGUGGACAAGAUUUAGUGUGUUGAAUCAGAGAUUUUCAAAUAUGAAAAAAAAGAAGCCAUUACUUUCAAAGGUAAUUAAAAUAAAUGGAUACUUUAUUACAAAGCAUAAGAAAGUUAAAUUAAGAGCCAAAAUGAAAGCCAUAGGACUCAGUGAAAACAUAACUGAGGAACUUCAAAACACUAUUCACUGCAUGUCAACUACAUGUAACAGAAAAAAUAUACCUGAAGCACAGGUAGGUUUGGGAGUAUCAAAGUUUACUCAGACACAGUCAACACAUGGAGAGUCAUCAGUCGAAGGCAUCAUAGAGUCCGAUGGUUCUGUUGACAAAGAUGGUUCCAACAUGCACAUAAAUAUCGAAAAGGUAACUUCAAAUGUGAGGAAAUCACACACUGUUUUACAAACCUGGGAGCCUCUGGCCAGGAACACUACCAAACUUGGCAAAAACAAAACUGGCCAGUCUUUUUUAAAAGAGAAGUCUCCAUUUUAUUUGACAGAAAUUGUCACUUCUAUUGCCAGGAAUUUAGUGACUUCCAAAGAAUUUCAAAAGCAGAUUGGUAGAAUGAGAGUACCUAAGUUGUCAGCUCACAAAGGUGUACGUUCACAGACAGUGGAGUCCCCAGUUUCACAGUCACCUCAUGGAGAAUUUGAGACACAGUACUUUAGAACCACAGAGGUAAAAGUAGAUCCAGAGAAGGCAAAUACAGACAUGAAGUCCAUCUACCCAUGUAUGCCAAUUCAACAUCAAAAAACAGAGUUAUCGCAUAAAAUAUGGGAUAUGUAUAGAAAAUCUGCAAAAGGAAGUUGCUUGGACAAAGCAACAGUGAAGAGGAAAGAGGAGUUUGGACAGCUGACUUUAUUUAAAAUAGCUUCACAGAGAGAACAGCCAUUUGAAGCAGAUCAAAAGAGACAACCUGAUCCUUUCAAACCACAAGUCUUUUCACCUAACACGAUGCACCCCAAGGACAUCAUGCUUCAGAAAAAAGCUAUUUAUUUACGAGAUCAAGAAGGAAACUCAAAAGCUGGAGAAGAGUUCAGCCAAGAGGUUGUCUUUUCUUGUAAUUCACGUUCUCACACUGAGGAGCAGAACGAUGAAUUUAAAACAGGUUGGAAAACAACAUCCUCAUCUUUUGCCCUGCUCAAGAAACAGGAAAAGCCUCCUAUCUUAGGACCUAUGUGGACGUCUUAUGCCACUGACCGUACCUAUCUUGAAAGUAUAAGACAAAAGGAUAAGGCAAAAAUAUCAAAUGUGAAAAGUGCUGCCAAGCACAUAAAGCUUAAGGCAAAGAAAAUUCCAGUUUCUCUCUUUCUUGGACAUGGGAGCAGAAGCAAUAAAAAAGAACUAGGACAUAACAUGCAGCAUCAGAACACAUUAAAGCUGAGGAGAAGUAUACAAAACCUGGUUCUAAAAGCUAAUUUUGACCCCGGGUGCUUUAUAUCCCCAGUUAAAAAGCUUACCAGAGUAAAACUGGAGAAAGGCAAGCAGGAAGAGAGAAAGAGCAUCCUUCCACAGAUAAUUCUGAAGAAACCGUCUAACCAAUGGCAAAUGUCAUGGUCAGGAGAGGUUGGUGUAUGUAGAAAACUAGAAGAAAGUAUUAAGGAGGCACAUGAUCAUAGCUCUUUCAAGGAUAUUCCCCAGCAAUAUAUGCAACGACUUUGGGUUAAGUCAGAAAACUCUUGCAAACCUUGUGGUUUACAAAGAAGGAUGAACUCUGAGUUAAGUUCACAGAAAGCAGAAACUGAUAGUCUUGGGCUAGAGAACUCAAGGACCAGAAGAACCAAAGUCUACAGCAUCCCACAAGACAGCCUACAAAAGGAAUAUUCCUGGAAGGAAGGGACGUGGGGACCAGGAAUGGUUAUCCAGCCUGUGAAACAGUCUUCUCAUUUCAGAAUGACAAAUGAACUCAUAAUGAAACAAGACAUCAAGCCAUCAAGUCCACAGAGGAUGGGAUGUCUGAAAAUAAUGGAUAAGCCAUUAGAUUCGAAGGAACCGUUGGCUACUCCCAGGCUUAUGGGACAGCAACAAAAUCUUUUCACAGAUCCUCUUCUGGGAUCCACUUCCUCUCUUGUACCACAUCAGCCUCAUACUGAAGUAUCAAGGAAAGACAUGAAAAUAAAUAACAAAAUCUUAAAGAAUUUGACCCAACAGCUGAAGAAAAUCUCAAGUGAAGAAGAUAUUUCUGAUAUGGAUCACAUGCCAAGAAGUAUUGAAAAACUACUCUUGCUUAUUAAACAACAGGAAAAGAGAAGAAAAAAAAGUACAGGGGGUAAAAAAAUUGAAGUAGCAGAAGACAUAAAAACAACAAUGAGUAAGUCCAUCCCAUUUCAAAAUUAUUCACCAUCAAGAACACAAUUGAUUGAUACAAUAAAGAAUAGUGGUAUGUUCAUGCAAAGAGAUGGAACAGAGACAACCAGGAGAAUGGGCACAUUGUGGAGAGAGCAAAGGCUGUGUGUACAAGGAAUCGGCCUAGACUAUGUUUAUACACAUGAGCUUGCUUCCAAAGUUAUACGUGAAAAUAGAAUCACAUCUAGAGCCUCAGACAAAGGACACACUGUCAGAAGUAGGCAACAUGCCAAGCAGGACAAAGGAGCUAGCUUUGUCAUCUGA